AACGGCAACAACGAAGCGUUUCGGAUUUAUUUUGCCCUUCGCAGUUAGUUAUUUUUUUUUCACUUUCUUUCUCUUUCCAUCUCCUUUCAUUUUUUUUACUUAAUAAAGCAAUAUUUUGUCCACUUUAAGCCACAUGUUGAGGACACGUUUAAUAACAAAUACAACCGUAACAGGUCAGAAAAUUUUAUUUUAUAAUUCCACAAAGACACGGUUUAAGCCAUGAGUGUGCUUUUUUUAUUAUUAAAUAUUUGAAAAAAACGUAGCCUCAAAUUUCGUAAACAUUGUGAAAUUGUGAGCUCAUUAUUAUGACAACUACGAGGUCCUUAAAGAUCGAUAAAAUCUUAACAACCCGAUUUAUGGGCCGUGAUUCAUUGUCCUGUGUUUGACUCGCACGAUCUAAAUUCGGUUCAGUAGUGCUAAAUGAAACAAACAGUUUCACAUCGCAGAGUAACACGGUUUUCCCGCCAGGCUGUGGGGUUUUGUAUCUGCUCUUCCAGGACCUUGACGCAUCGCUCCAUUCAGCCAUUGAACUGGGAAAAGCAGGGUCUGUGCUCAUGGUUUAACUGCGACCUGCGUGGGGCUUUUCCAGGCAAAAUGACGCCGCUCCGGCUCUUUUAGAGGUCGCCUCGCAGCACACGGUUGAAACUACUCGCUCGGCCGGUGUCGUCGUCGAGCAGCAAGGGCCCCGAUGUCAGUUGCAACCGCUGGGGGAGGAGGCUCUCCCUGUUUGGGCGCAGCGGCGGCGGCCGGUUGCAGCUCCGCCGGCUUGUCUCACGCUGCUCCGGCGGGCGGAGGCGCAGGGGUGGCCGGGAGGCUGCCAGCCCGAGUGCUGGAGCAUAUCUUCUCGUACCUGGAGCUGUUUGACCUGAUGCGCUGCUCGUUGGUCUGCUGGCAUUGGAACAACAUUCUGGCGGAUGAGAACAGCGAGGUGUGGCGCAGCCUCAGCUCUCGGACGCUAAGCGACGAAGCCCUGCGGUCCGACAUCCUGUGCAACCUGCCCACGUAUAAGGGGAAGCUUAAGGCUUUCCAACACGCCCUGAGCUCCCAUGACUGCUCCCGCAACGUUUACGUGAAGAAGAACGGCUUCACCCUGCACCGCAACCCCAUAGCCCAGAGUACGGACGGCGCGCGGGGCAAAAUCGGCUUCACAGAAGGCCGGCACGCCUGGGAGAUCUGGUGGGAAGGGCCCCUGGGCACUGUAGCCGUGAUAGGCAUCGCCACGAAGCGGGCGGCGAUGCAGUGCCAGGGCUACGUGGCCCUGCUGGGCAGCGACGACCAGAGCUGGGGAUGGAACCUUGUCGACAACAACCUACUUCACAACGGGGAGGUCAGCGGAAACUUCCCGCAGUGCAACAACGCGCCCAAAUAUCAGAUCGGGGAGCGAAUACGAGUAAUUCUAGACAUGGACGACAAGACGCUAGCCUUCGAGAGGGGCUUCGAGUUCCUUGGCGUUGCUUUCCGCGGACUUCCAAAAGUCUGCCUGUUCCCGGCCGUCUCCGCCGUGUACGGCAACACUGAAGUCACAAUGGUUUACCUGGGGAAACCUCUGGACGGCUAGACGCACAUUAACCCCGUUUUCGCAUUAAACGUAAGCUUCCGACAGGAGCAGAAGCCCCUGCGCCCCCCUUUUUUUGUCAACAGACUUUUCCCACCGUCCGUCAUGAAGUUCGAAUGAGUCUGAGGCUGAGAAAUGACAGACGUUAGAGUGAAGGUGUGGCUGUUUCCCUGCAGCGCAACAAGAACGCGCGGGAGGGCGCGCACAACUCGUGAAAACGGAAAAAAACACACACGGACUGUCAUAAACAUGUUUCUUUACCGACGUGGAAGGACUCCACUUUUACAGUUUGGCUGCUGCACUGUUUUGAUCACAGGACAGUAGAGCAUCGUUUCAUUUCCUAUAUUUCAGAUGAACAAUGCUAAACAAUUAUGUAAGACGUCGUUUCUGCUUCAGUGAGGCCAGAACUACUCUGAACUGUGAUACUUUAGCAUUUUAAGUGAAACGGUGAUCGUUAGGGCAAACUGUUUGGAGUAUGUUAGUUAAAACGGCACUCUGGGGGUUAGCCAAAGUCGUCUGUUCUGUCCAAAAUCGGAUCGCAGUGAAUUGAAACCCAAUCUUUGUGACUUGUUGGUACACUUUGAUCAAGUUCACGAAUGGACGGCCAACUGUCGAGUGCAUGAAUUGCAGACAUAAUUAUUUCAUAAACGGUGCAAACUUUGCCUGUGUCAUGACAAUAUGUGUCCUUUUUAAUCUGCUACUGUAGUAUUAAAUGUUAUUUAUUUUGUGAUUUUAUCUCUGGUACUAUAGACACUGUAUGGUUGUAUGGCCUGAAAAUAAAGUCCUCACGGUGCCACAAUA